AUGGAGCGGGUGCUCGCCACCUCUAGCGGCACAACCACGACGACCACCGUUGCCGCCACCGUCCCAGCAGCCGCCACAACCGCUCAAUCCCGUUUACCCCCGUCGCCAAUACGAACGAACACGAAGUUACGAAUAUGCGCAAUGGUGUCAGGAGAUGACGUCGCUACAGGGAACGUUACCGUGCCGGCUCUGAAUCAAAUUCACAUUGCUGGUGCGGUCAAGCCUCACUCGAAAAACGCUUUCGAGAAUGUUUUUGGACCGGAUGUUGCCCAGGAAAAAAUUUGCUCAAACGUACUGCCGGAGCUCGUUCAGGGAGUGUUCAGCGGGCAGGAUUGCACGUUGAUAGCAUUAGGAGCCAAGUCACGAGGGAAAGAGUGUCUUCUAUAUGGUGCACCACCGUCGACGGCUGGUAUAUUUCAGACGGCUAUCACAUCAGUGUUCAAAAUCACCGAUGAAUACAGAGUGAGUAAGCCUGAUACUCGGUAUCAGAUUCGUAUGUCAGCUAUCCAGUACUCGCAACGAGAAAACCAUCUCACCGACCUGCUGUCACCAUUUAGUAGCGAUCCACGUCGUCGAACUGUACGUGUCGUCGACGAUCCGCGAGCUGGAGCUCUACUUGAGAACGAGUCUGAGAUCCGAGUCGAUUCUCCAGAUUUAGCCCUCUUCUACUUGAAUACAGUGGCUGAUCAUAGGAUCAUUGAGGAUGAAGAAACCUACCGUACUAGCCACGUGUUUGUAUUUCUAUCUGUUUAUGCCUACCGAACCGGUACCAACGAGCUUGAAGGUGGUCGUCGGCGACUGGCCAUUGUCGAUCUCGGACUCGGCGAGCGAAAUUCCCAUCGAGGCGAGCUGACAAUGCCGGCUAUAGGAAGUAUAUUAUUGGCUUUGGUUCAAGGUCAAAAACAUCUGCCAGCAAGGUAA